AGAAGACAAGCUCGCGCACGACUCACGUGCACAGGUAAAAUGCAGCUGAAUAACCGCACGAGGCUGACGAGUUUGAGACUGUCUGUUAUUUAACAUUAGUUGGGGAGGUAAAAAAAAGAAAAAAAAAAAGAGCCAUGAAGAAACACUUGAGUCCUACAAAACAGGCGCAGCAGCAGCCUCCUCCGGCGGAUGUUCCCGCGGCUCCCGGCGGCGAGGUUACCGUCCAACAACUCAACGAGCUGCUGUCGAACGGCAGCGGCUUCUACAGCUUACCGACACAACACUUUAACGAGGUUUUCCCCCGGAUAUACAUCGGCAACGCGUUCGUAGCCCAGAAUGCAAUGCGCCUGCAGAAACUGGGAGUGACGCACGUCCUCAACCUGGCAGAAGGAACCUCCUUCAUGCAUGUCAACACCAGUGUGGAAUUCUACACUGGCACAGGCAUCACGUACCACGGCAUCAAGGCCAACGACACGGUGCAGUUCAACAUCAGUGCCUUCUUUGAGGAGGGGGCUGACUUUAUCGACAAAGCCCUAGCACACAAUAAUGGCAAAGGGAAAGUGUAUGUACACUGCAGAGAAGGCUACAGCCGCUCCCCCACGAUGGUGGUGGCUUACCUCAUGCUGCGCCACAGGAUGGAUGCCCGGCUGGCGGUGGCCACCGUGAGGCACAAGAGAGAGAUCGGCCCUAACGACGGCUUCCUGCGCCAACUGUGCCAACUGAACGAGAAGCUGGCAAAGGAGGGCAAGCUGAAUGGGGAGGUGGGCAAACUAAAGACCAAAUGAAAAGCCUCCCAUCAUGCCUUUCAGCUACAGUGGGAGACUGAACCCUCCCUGACCAAACCAGCACCCAUCCUACACCAAGGGGUAUUCCAAACACAAACAUACAUGCAUUUAAAAAACUAUUCCUCAUGCACACACACACACACACACACACAUGCUGUUUUCUUACUUCAGUUCACGUCUGCCGCUGCUGCUCUGUGAGAGGACUUCCGUCAGUCCUCGGCCUGCUUCUACGAUUGUGAUCUCAAAUACUUGCUCUUUCCAAAACACAUAGACACAUAGACAGACACAGACAGACACACAGACACACACACACAACGCUCCACACAUGCAGAUCUCUUUCUGCCGAAAGGGGCACCUUAAAGCAUUCCUUCAAUCCCCACAAAUUUGCCCUGAUUUUUAAGAUUUCCUUAAUAAAAAGUAAGAUUAUAGCACAAUCAUUCCAUAGUUUUCCACUGCCGGGAAUGUCAUUGUUCUCUCCGCCAGCAGGAGUAUUCUAAAAAUUCCACUCAAACUUUUAGAUAUAAAAAUGACCACACAUGAUGCAGAUAAAAUAAGUCGGAAGAGGGAGGAAGGGAACAUCCCAAACAUUCCAAGCCCCUCUACAGUUUUUACCCCUUAAAUGAUCUUCUACCUUGAAGGGCAGAUAUUUAAUGCACAAACACAAAUGAUUCACACUCUAAUGCAAGCUGUAGCUCUGUGUAGCAUUUCAGUCGGCAUCCUGGACUCUCGGCCUCUAGUUUGACAGCGGUAGCGAUACAUCUGACGAGUUUUGUAUCCCAGAGGCUCACAGCAAGGACGGCAAAGGUCGAGCUUAUUAAAAAUAAUGAGUUGCUGCGUGGGCUGCUCAUGUAGCGUCAAUAUUUCCAGUAGUUGUUUAAGUGACAUUAUUUUAGUUUGUCAUUGAGCUCAACGAGCAUGCACACAAGGCAAAUCACAUUCAGGCGGGUGAGUAAGGGGAGCUCUAUCCUCCUCAAACUAACAUUCAAAGAGCUCAUUUACAGUAUUUCAUCUCUAGAGUGGCUUGUUUACAAUUACAUAGAUAUCAUAUGAGGUGAUAUUAGUUUCCUGUAGAGCAGGACUGCAUGACAAUUGUUUUGCGACUCACCAACUUUCUCCUUUCUUUCCCUCUACAUUUAUAGUCUUGCAUGCCUACAGUUUGGGACUCUCAAAAUGCAGAUGACCAAUACUUAGCUUUUCCUUUUGUACACAGACAGCUGUUGUUGCCUUUCACUUAGACAACGCCCAAGUUAAGCCAGCUAAUUUUUUUUAAAUGCUAUUCACAAGUGUUGUGAAGACCUCCACACACAUUAAAAGUCCUGAACAACCGGAGCACUGUUUAGUUUAUUUUACUUCUCCUUUUUUGUCAUCUAAAUACUGCGAUUUCCUGCAGGUGAGGUUACUCUUUUGUUAUAUUGCAUUAUAUAUUUGUGUCUUGUUGUUGUCAGCAUAUUUUCUUUAUAUUUAAGCCUUCUGUCCACACUAAGCAGGAGUUUUCCUACUUAUGAACAAUGAUAAUAAUAAUAAUAUUCCCAACUUUCCCACAUUACCUAUGCUACACUAAAAGAGUAGUAGCUUAAAGGUGGACUUCCCCAGGGUUUAGCGAUUUCAAACUAGAGGCCUUUAGUUUUACAAUGCCUCCCACUAACUCUUCUAACAGAACGGCCCAGUCAUCACGCCACAGAGUUGUCCACUGCCAUACGGUCAGCACCACUGUUUCAUCCACACAGUCUGUCAGAGGCCCAUUCACAACAUGUCUCACUCCUACAUGUGUGUGUUAAUUAUGCCUGACUUUACACACACACACACACACACACACACACACACACACACACACACACACACACACACACACACACACACACACACACACACACACACCGGGUCAAGUUACAAUGUUUUGUUUGUAUGUACUUCAGCAUUGCAAUAUAUGUCAAUACCCCCAUCUGAUAUAUAGAACGUAAUCACAUCUAAAUAUGAACAUUCGGGCUGUAGUUGUUACAUAUAGGCAACCGUAGUUCACUUUAAAAGUAUUUAUUAAUUGGCAUAAUACUGUAAACUGAACCUAGUGCCAGGAAGGACAGAGAUGGGGUGUGUUUAAAGGAAUAUUUAUCCCACAAAAAUGGCCAUUGUGUGUUGAUUACCCACGCUGUGCUACUUUGAAGAAAACAUUUCCUUUCCUUGAUGGUAACAACAAAUCAGAAAAUGUAAAUGGUUAGAACCUUACCGUUAAAAAACCGCUUUGCGUAAACACUCCCAUGCUUGUGCAGUCGCAUGACUUGUCCGUAUAAGUCGAGUCCAAAGUGUUUUGAAUAGUAAAGGUUUUCUUGUUUAAUAAGAUUUAUUUCUUUGGCCUUUUUUGUCUUUAAUGUAUCGAAAAGAUGUAGAGAGAUUGGAAAUGGGGUAGCGGGGGUGGCUUUGAACCCGACUCGCUGUGCUUCCUCUUCUUACCUUUGGGGAAAAUGCAAUUUAGAUGUAGUAAGCAUACGACUGAAUAACAGAGACUUGGAUUUAAAGGCAUACGUUUUAUGAGGUAUAGUCUAAAAAAAAGUCUGGCUGUUAUUAAACACAUCAAGAACCCUAACCAAAGAAAAACUGUUUUCUUCAAGAGUACAACCUAACCCAAGAAGAGUAAUUUAUAUAUGAACGAUCAUCUUAAGGGGUAAAGAAUUCCUUUUAAACACGCCACUCCACGGAGCUUUACCGAGAUGGGCUCCCAUCAGAGUGCAGGGGGUUUGAGCUGGAUGAGCACCAACAUCCCUCCAGAGUUACGACUCUUUGUCCCACACAUCAUAAUCCUCCUGAACAAACGGCCUCGGGCAUGUUCGCAUGAAUCCAGGGGGAUAGUCGUCUCACUAGAGAGGAGAAUGGAAACUAGGUUGUCUCACCUCAUUAAUGGCACUAUUUAUUCCUCCUUUGAUAUAUCUGUAUACAUAUGAAUAUAUACAUGUAUACUGUAUAUACAUAUUUAAGUGUUGACAUAUAUGAAUGUAUGAGCAAUGUGUCUAUUAACGUGUAGGUAUCGUCAGUAUGUCUUUAUAUAUCAUGUUAUAUUUGUAUAUGGGGCAUCGCCGGAUCCAUUGGUUACAUGUACAUUCAUAUUGAAAUGUAAUGUACAUGUAAACUGUUUGUGCGAUUGUGACAUUACACAAUUGUGCAAAACUUGCUUAUGAUCAGCAGGGUUUACCAAGCUGGGAUACUGAGGCAUGUGAUCAUCCUGUUUGAUAAUGUUUCGUACAGUUUUUUAUUUUUCAUGGUAGUUUAUUCAUGAUAUACAGCAAGAUGCAGGUGGCAGCAUAAGAUAGAUACGGAUUAUCCUGCAUAUGGCACCAUGUCAUCAUGUGAAAGGAUACACUCAUCCCUCGCAUCAAAACAUUUACAGCAACAUGUUAUGUGAUUAUCCACAUGUUGGUUUCUUUGCAUGAGAAUGAAUUGAGUUUCCAGAUACACUUUCCUUUUCAAUGCAAUGUUUUUAGCUGCAACACUUACAAUCACCUUUAGCAGGCUGCGGUUUCCUCGUAAAGAGAGACGUCCGGUAUGAGAUUUCAUAAUUAAAAACCUAUUGUAGUAUUUGUGCAAAGAAAGACCUUGAUGCUGGAUUAAUCCUGCAUACUUUUCAAUUAGAUGUUGAAAUACAACCAGUGUGGCAAUACAGCAAUCUAUUCUCAUAAAAUCCAAUCUUUGAAUACAACAUGCAUUGAAAUGUUAAGUUUUUCUGUAGCUUUUGCUCAUUAUAGGAUUAAAGAUCAAGUUUGAACCGAAUAUUAUCACAGGAAGUUAGAAACUAGGGCCUCAGUGCUGGUUGUUCUUUUCCUUUAGUCAUCGCAUGAAAAUGUUUCAUAACAUCAAAGCAACACACCCGAUAUAACAUAUCUUGCAAGCCCUGUUUCCCUGUUGUGUCUAGCAAGAUAAUUCCUCUUGCUAGACACAACAGGGAAACAGUUUGCAGUAGCUCCAAGCUGAGAACAUUUUCAAGUCUAAUUAAGUGCAUGUCUUUCACUUCAUUUUCCUACCGCCUUGUCAUGAACCCCAAACCACACGGCAGUGAAGUUAUUGAAGAUACAACAACAACAACAACAACAACAACAACAACAACAACAGAGAAACAUUUACCUCUGUGCCCUCACACAAAAACAUUAAACACCAAGAUUGUCUUGUGCCAAGUGGCCUACUGUACAAAACAAAGUCUAUGUUUAUGAUUGGCUUUUCAAAUCUCAUUGAAAUGGACUGGGGUUUCACUCACCAAUUUUUACUUCUGCUCUACAAUACUACCCUGAUUCUGAAUUCACAAAAGAAACAACUACUUUAGUAAUUCUGGAGUUUUACAUGACAAUAAAUUCAGAAUGAUUGCCCUAAACUCGUUCCAGGAUGAGGGUAUGUACUUUAUAGCAUCAUAACUCUAGAGAAAAGGGCCUAAUAAGCACUAGCCAAACUAGCCAUGGUAGAUGUUUUCCGUCACAUUUUGUAGCCACUAUUUAUAAAACAAAACGUUUUACAACUCCUCCUUUUUGGAUGAAGAAAAGGUGCAACAAAGUUUUCCUGAAAAGAAAGCGUCUAUGAUGGCUACACCGCUGGUUUUACUCUUUUUAUGCGUAACAGAUAUACACUGCCACCUGCUGUUCAACAAAUGUAGUUAUUUUUAGCAUUACUUGUUCGAUCUCUUUUUAUGACUUUUAUGUGAAUCUGUUAUGUCAAGACUUUUUGUGUUUUGUUUAACAAGGUACCAGCAUCGUUUUGUGGGUAAUACUCCAGGUACAGUACUUAAUGUAUUAUCGAGAAUGUCCAAUGUGAAAUGCCACUGAUAUAUUCUGUUAUAUAUACUGAGUAUGUAUCACGCACUAAGGCAAUUGUGAAUUGCUGCAUUUUACUGUCUUAACCGGCUGACUAUAUAGAUAGGACUUUGUAUGAUGUUGAGUUUAGUGAGUUGAAAUUGCAAAAUAUGACUUCUUUUCUCCUCUUUCUUUUAUUUUGCUUUAGAUUUGUCCUGUUACAAGGAUGUAAGUUGAUUAUAGGUUAAUUACAUUUUCUAUGCUAAAGGUGAUUUUUCUUUUCUUUUGUACAGUAUGUGACCUUCUUCUAUUGUCUUAAGCUUAACACAGUACGUCAUCCGUUUUGAUUUUCUUUCGGAUGAGUCACUUAUAAUGGUACCUGGACCAGAUGGUAAUUGUAAUUCAUUCAUGGAGCUUGCUGGAAACCAGAAAAGAGAGGGGGAUUAAAUCACUCAGAGAGAGCCAGGUAAUUUUUUUUUAUCACAGAACACUAAAUUGACUUUGAGUCGAAUGCACAGUCCCAUGUGGCGUAUCUCAGCCAUCUGUGCUGAAGUAAGCAAAAACCUGAGAUGUUUAAACCCUCUGUGACUGACCGUCAAUAUUUUACAUCAUGGAAAGUCAUCUGGCUGAACUUAUCUGAAUUUUGCAUGAUGCAAUAAACUCCAUCCGAUCUGGUACUCUGGAGAGCGCUCAAACAAACACCGGAAAUGACUUACAAAUACUGUUUGGCCCAGGUGAAGUGCAGAGCUGCCAUCUCCUUCUUCUUGCUCCCAUUCUUUAAAAAAAUAAGGAGUUUUAGCACAAAUGAGCCCACUGCCUGACUUCACCUGGAGUCCAUGACACAGUCCACUUAUCUCGUCACGUUUCUGUUGGUGUACAGAUGUCUUGGAGGAUUAUGUUGUGAUAUUGGAUCGGCUGUUCAAUGGUUUUGUCCACAUGUAUAUUUGUAACCGCCACUGACAUCUCAAUGAACACAGCACCCCACCCAAAGCCUUACAGUAAAAAUCGAUUCUUUAGAUUGUUUUUCAGUUUGUGUAUCUCACUUCACGCAGCAGGAAGGGAUGGCUCCCUUACAGGAUGAGACAUUGUUGAAGUGCACUUGAUUUUAAAUCGCAAUGUUGAGUUUUCUUACCUUGAAGAAGUCCCUUCUUUCUUAUGUUUAAGAAAUAAAUGGCUGAGGUACUAACAUC